GCCUGCUGCUGUCCCAUUUUUCCCUUCGACAUCUUGUCGAAUCUGCUGUCAUGUAGACCUCGAAGCGGUAUGGAAAGGAUGAGCACUCCUUCAAAAUAGCAGAACGAUGAUGGCUGGAUACAAUGCAGAUUCAGAACGUAUCGCACCAGUUGCGCAACCAACCGCUGUGCCCGACGAUCAAAGGGAAACACCGACCGAGUCACCUUUGACGACCGCAGCGUUGUCCGAAACACCUCCGAAUCAACCCGCCGAUGAUAAUGAUUGCACCAAUGCCAACCCCGUAGUCUCAGAGCAAAGAGCUGAAAGUUUUCAAGCCCAGCAGUUUGCCGACAAGACCACCUUGUCAGGAUGGUUCCCACAGAUAAAGAGCGACGAACACAGUAGCUGGCGUAUAUGGUUUUCGCGGAGAAGCCGUGCCCUCAUGGUCCAGAUCGGGAUCAUCGGCUUCAUCCUGAUGACGAAUCUCGGGGUGACCAUUUUUGCUGUCAAAAGCUACGGAAGCCGAAAUGGUGUCGGGUUGAUAUACGAGGGCGAUUGCUCAACCGUGAAGAGGCUGGACCAGUGGUUGCAUUUGCUCAUCAAUCUUUUGGGAACCGGUAUGCUGUCAGCUUCAAAUUAUUGCAUGCAACUACAGGCUGCACCGACCCGCGAGAACGUGAAUGCUGCUCACGCGAAGCACAAGUGGCUGGACAUUGGCAUCCCUAGUCUCCGAAACUUGAAAUAUCUCAGUAUGUGGAGGCGAUGCUCGUGGGCCUUACUUGCGCUCACCUCUAUUCCCAUUCAUCUCAUAUACAACUCAGCUGUGUUCCAGUCACUAUCAUCUCAUAAUUACACAGUCGUGGUUGUCAAAGAUUCAUUCUUAAACAAUGCCACAUGGAGUUUAAAGACAGCAGAAACCAACCGAGCCGGCGACUACGGCUGGGAAGACACGCGAGUCAACCCCUUGAAUCUGGAUUACGAAGAAGUAGUACUUGGGAUACAGCGCAAUGCAUAUGUCUACGAAGAACGCAACGUAUCAGCAUGUUUCGACUUGUAUGAUGACUACUUCAAUCCACAAGGAAACGCGAUUAUUCUAGUCAAGAACGAAUCUUUGCAGAAUCCACCGGAAGACAGUCUGCUCAUGUACGUUUCUAUUGUUCCUCGUUUAGACGACUGGUCCAAGAACAUGUGGGCUCUGGGCAAUGGUACUGGUCACUUUGCGGCUUUAUCACCUCCAAAGCCCGUGACCAAAUGGUUUCUUGGGCCUCCGUAUUACGAGGUGUCAGGGUGUAUUGUACAGCCGCCAGAAGGCCUCAGCGCGAAUUGUCGUUUUGAAUAUUCGCCUCCUAUCAUGUUCACUAUCUGCAUCAUGAACAUGAUUAAAGCUUCCAUCAUGCUCUCGAUAUGGGCUUUAAGGAGGUGGCAGAAUCCGAAGAGGCAGGACCAAGAAAAAGAAGUCUUAUACACGUUGGGUGAUGCUAUCGCUUCUUUCAUGAGGGAGCCAUGCGAGCAAACUGUCGAUAUGGGACUUGCGACGAAAUACGACUUCUUGACUACCCGAAUACCAAAGAACCGUUUCGUUCGAUUUCCUCCUGCUAUAUUCCAAGAAGUUCCCCAGCCGCGGAAAUUUGAAAUGAAACCAAAGCAGUGGAGGUCGUCCGCAAGUCUUAGACGUUGGGUCGUCACGUUAGCUAUGUGUCUUCUCGUAAUCAUAAUCGCUGCUGUUCUUCUUACGAUGUCGUUCGUAAGCCUAAGACAACGAGGCUUCGGCGUCAAAAUACCACAAUUAUGGAAGCUAGGCUUUGGUGCCUUGACUCCUUACACUUACUUAGUCAUUAACAUGCCUCGCACAGAUCCGGGAGGGUUGAUAGCCAAUGUGCUUCUGGCCAAUUUGCCUCAACUCGUCCUCUCGGUUCUCUACAUUGUCUAUAACACCAUGCUAAGCACAUUUCUAGUCCAAAGGGAAUUCAGUCGCAUGUGGGAUCCAGGUAACCGGAAGCCACUGAGGGUUUCUGAACCGAUCGGGAUUCAGCGAUCAAGUUACUUCAUUUCUUUGCCCCUGAGAUAUGGGAUUCCCCUCUAUGCUAGCUCAGGUAUCAUGCACUGGCUGGUAUCACAGAGUCUUUUCUUGGCGCGGAUUCGAGCCAUAUCCACAGACGGCAGUGACGAUGAUGUAAACUCCUUCUCAACAUGUGGUUAUAGUCCUAUAGCUGUGUUUGUCACAUUGCUUGCGGGGCUCCUUCUCGUUGUCAUCAUCAUCGGUAUGGGGCUGCAGCGCUACGAUGGUACAAUGCCAAUGGUGUCGACCAAUAGUCUGGCAAUUAGUGCUGCCUGCCACGUUCUGGAAAGAGACCGGGAUGGUGGCUAUUUACUUCCUGUCCAGUGGGGAGUUCUAAAUAUGACUGGGGGUGUUGGGAAGUGUGCCUUCACGACAGCUGCGGUAGACACAGUCAAAGUCCCAGAGAUCGGUCCAGGCCGAGUCUACAAGUGACGGUGCAGGAGUUAGAGAGGACUGACUGAUCAUCUGAUAAGCCCCAAAAGCGAAUUCAAAGCCCAGGGGGUAAACCCUAAUGAAGCUUGAUCUGAAAAAAGUAGAGUUCACAGAAUGCCAGCUCAUUAAGAUUUGGUGAACACCUCAUAGGCACACAAGUGCCUCACGCUUACACCAUCACCUUCAGCAUUGGCGAAUCGUAGUUCGAGCCAGGUGCCGGAAAACAUCAGUAAAUUUCUACCCG